AGAGUUAGCCCUUAUAGUAGCAAUUUCAACUGUGUUUUCUAGUACAAAGCAUCAAUUGUGUGCUUGGCAUAUUCUUAAAAAUAUUAAAAAUAAAUUUAAAAAAGAUGUUGAUACUAAGAAAUUUGUUCAAAGUAUUUAG